ACGUGACUCUACAUUUAGGAGAACUCCCUCAGCUCGUGAGAACUAGAUCUGAUGUGCUGGAAGCGCUCGGUGCUCAGGUCAUUAAGGAGGCAGAAGUGUCUGUGGGGGAGCCCGGGCUCAGAUAACACUGUCAGCCCUUGGAGGUCAAAGGGUCACACAACUGGUGGGAAAAAACAGGGUCUUGUCAGAGAGUACCUGAAGCUCUGGUUUAUGAUUGCUGCUUUGGGAGCUGCCAGGGAAUGUCAUCAGGGGGUUCGGGAAGUGGGUGGGAUGCUGAAAGCUUCUUUCUUAGUCAGGGGUAGGCAGGACAUUAAUAGCACCGAUCACCUUUGUUAUCCUGAAUUUUGGAAUUAUAGGGAUGCUGUUUUCUAAAGGACCUAGAGUGGCGAGGAGUUCUCUAGUGUGCAAUGAGAAGCCAGUGCAGGUGCUGUCACUGACACUGCUCAUACUGCUUCGCUCUCAGGGGUUCAAUCCGUUGCAAUUUGGAAGGAGAAAAGAAGAGCGUCUGGGUCAUGGCGUGAGAAACAGGAGAAAGUAGAAAGUCCCUUCUGAGGAUCCCUUCUAAGGAUCCCUUCUAAGAGUCCCCUCUGAGGAUCCCACCUGUCUUUUUUCUUCAGAUUUUCCAAAAUAAUUUCACCUGGGAAAUGUUGUUAAAAGCAAUAAUGAUAAUAAGAACACUGGAAGCUCUGAGGAGGUGAGAACACAGCCCAGAGUGAAAUGCCCCCCGUGGCCAUAAGAGGCCACAGCUUCCCUUAUUCCAUCAGAAAUCUAUUCCACCAUGUGGCAGCAACUAAUUGCCUCCUUUCCCUUCCUUUAGAACUUUUAUUUCCUAACUGCAGCUUGGGUUUUCUUGCUCUUUCUUUAUACCACAGCCUCACCACUUCGUGUUGCUGUAUGGAGAAAUGCUUGUUCUCCCAAGUGAGGUGACAGAAUGCUCCCAGCGCUCCAAGGCUGGACUAAAGUGGAUAUUUUUGUCCUGCAAAAUAACCGACGUUUUCUAAAGCUUUCCAAAUCUGUUGUGAAGAAUGAAGGAAAGCAAACAAGUGAUUCACUGCAGCCCCACAGCUUUGCAGUGUCCAAGUCAGAGCUAUUCCUUCACAUGCUGCACACUGCAGCCUGCCCAGAGUGGGCCCAGCUCUGCUCUUGGAGCUGCUCCCCUCUUCAUGGGAUUCCCUUUGUCACCAUUAACCACGGACUAAGUCUGAUAGAUGGAGCAGCUCAGCUCAGUUCCUCUUUCUCCUUCUCUUUUCCCACAACUCUUAGUGCAGUUUAGGCUGAUCUGCCUGCACAAUUCCACUUUGCACUUGACUCCCCAAGGCAGCAAUCUGCCUUCCCCUUUAAGCCAGAGCUCGUGGUCAUCUCGUUACUUGGUUUGGCCACUGAACUGUCUCAGCACAGGGUCAGUCUGCUGAGUGCCAACACAGCAGAGGUGGCAGACAGACAGUUGUAUGGCACUUCAGAUCAUCUUCCACUGCCAUGCAACUAAAGGCUCAGGCAUAAGUACCCCCUCCUCCUGAUCUUGGCCAUCCAGGUAGGACUUUGGCAGUGCUUUUUGUUUGUUUGUUUUGUCUUUCUCACUAUAUCAGCAAUGAAUUCUCUCAGGAAUUCUUAGGUUCCCAAAGCACACGGGCACUGGAAAUUAUCCUCAUGGCCUCGUAAUGUUGGUCAUGCUCUGGGCAGUGGAAUGUGACCAUGGUGGGUGAAGGAGAGUGGGUUUGGGCUUGCAUAUGUUCUGCAAAGAAGAAAAGGGGAUUGGGUAGUUCUGAGCCUCAGGUGCAGCCUGACCUGGUCCAUUGCUGCCUUAAAAACGUGGUAAUUGGUGUGAGCUUAUAAUUAGUUUGUCUAUAUAGUUCAUAUAGUUACUUAAGGCAGGGUUGGGGGAUGAAGUUCCAGUCUGUAUGGUCAGCUGCAAAUUAACCUUUCCGAUUUCCUUACGUUUGUCUGAAUUCAAAAGCGGUCCUUAGAAUAAAGAUAUGCAAAGAGCUGGUUUUCAGACGACACCAAAAUGAAUGCAGGAAUUUGUUUUUGUUGUCUUACAGCAGUUUUUAGAACUCAAGUCUCACCUUCUCAGAAACUAAAAAAUGAGAAGCUGCGACCCAGCAUAUCUUAUUCAUGAAAACUUCCCCAGCCCCUUUAGGCAGUGGGAGUUUCACACCAAGAAAGGCCACAAGAUGAAGUAAGAAGCACUGCUUUAAUGUGAGCAGAGAAGCGUCAAGUUAUUAAUAGAUUCAAAUAGCGUUAGACCCAGGAAAAUAUAUUUUCAUCCUUCAGGUUCAUUCAGGUUCUUUUCUGCUCACGUGUGGUUUUUUUAGUAGUGGUUUUUUUUUUGUUUUGUUUUGUUUUUGACAACAAAUUACAAAUAUGCAGUUCCUGGUGUGGUUUUUUUUUUCUUGACAGAGAGAUAAGUGGAACUCCUCAUGCCUAAUAUUUUUAGAUUAUAAAGGCCAAGGGCACAUCUGUUCUCCUGAGCCUCCUUAAGCUUUCACCAAAAUACCUUAAUUAAAUCUGUUGGGGCUGGCAGUCUUACUGGCAACUAAAAACGUCCAGAACUUCCUAUGAUGAGAUCUUUACCUGCCUAUAACCUUUUGAUGCUCAGAAUCACUAGGAUUCCUUCCUUGUGACCGUCUGCCAUAGGCUGCCACUACCUCCUUUGAAAUAAAGGGCUUUAUAGCUUCUUAGGUUAAGGAAGAUAUAAUUUGAUGCCUAUUAAAAGAAAACAGAAAUCCUGUCUUUUUAUCCCCUGAGAAGCUGUGGCUUCUCUUGAAAUCUGGGCUUUUCCAGGGCUUUAUCUUUGUCUGACCUGUGAAAAUCCAUAGGGAUUAUGGGCUGUUUUGCACUCUAUCCAAUACACGCAAACUGGAGACUUGGAUUUUAGUAUCUAAAAUUCCCUGAGCAGUUGCCUGUGGAGAGAACAUGUGCCCUGUCCAGGGUUGAGAAGAGCAUAUCUGAUACUGCAGAGGUAGAAAUGGCCUGGUACAGUUCUAGGCACUACAGAUAAAGGCUGCUUCUUCUGUACUCUCAGUGCUUCUUGUGCUGGAUCUGUGCAGCACAACAAGACAAGUUUGGUUGAAAAGCAGAGGGAAGAGGACUCAAGCAUGGAAAGGGAACAGACUGUCUCUGGACCAGGAGACUGCUAUGAAGAGAGGAACUGCCCACAGGUGCUUCGGGGAAUGAAGAGCAUCCAUCCUGAACAGCAGGAGUGCUGCUGGGCUACCAAGCAGUCCCUAACAAGCAAGAUGGUUGGCCAAAAGUGAUUACAAAAGUGGAGGAGGAAAAGACUUCCCUGUUUUCUAGGAGAGGAAGGAGCGAAGAGAGAUUUGCUUAUUGUGGUGGCUAUAAAGAAUAUUAGUUUUCUGCCAGCCUGACAUCCUCUGAUGGCUUGCCAAAGCAAGAUGAGCAUCAGCGCUGGCACAAGAAAGGAGGCAGGGUUGCUCAAGAGAGAGGAAAGAUGGUAACACAGGAGAAUUUAAUUAAGUCAGCUGGUUGUAAAUCCACACCCUUGCAACUCCGUGUUUGGCUUGCACAGAUCAAAACCACAACUGCUAACAACAAAUUGAGAGGCAAGAAGCAUUAAUGGCAGCAAUGGAAACAGUAGAGAAGAAGGUAAAGCAAGAGGAACAGCAAAGAAAAGAAAAGGCCAUCUCUAACAACAGCUACAGUACCACAUUACACCAGCAGCACAAGGUAGAUGAUUAAUGCGUUUGCUUGGCUGCUCCCAGCAGCAGGAGCUACAGGUGCUGCCUGUAAGCUAGGCAGGCCGCACCUGGGAGAAGCAAUGGCUUCUUCUCCCUCAGCCUCCCACCACAUGCUGGGACUCCAGGUUCAAACUCUCUGUUACUCAGCCCUGCUCAAUGCUUUAUUGACUGCAGCUGUGGGGGUGUAGUUUGACACCGGUAAUGCCACCACAUAAGCUGCUGGAAACUUCAUCUGUAUACACCAGCAUGUUGUUCCUGUGCUACUGCUUGGGGGAUUCCUGUGUUGACCCAUUUCUUCAUCAAAAAACAGCGUGUGGAUAGAUGGGAGCCAAUUUUCACGGUGCUCAGGAGCCCUAUGAGAAGAUACACUGCAAGUCUGCGCGUAGGGAUUGAAAGAACUUUCCCCUCCUUAGCAUGAGGGGACAAGAAGUCCAGGAUAUGACAGCAUGCUGAAUGGUGUAACUAUCAACAACAACAUAGUCCUGUUGAUCCAUGCAGCACAAUGGCUUUGUUUCCUGUCCUCAAGCAAGAGGUGUUGUUCCGGAAUGGCACGUGGAGCUAUCGAAUUCCAGCACUGCUCUACCUGCCGCGUUUCAGCAUCAUCCUGGCAUUUGCUGAGGAACGAGAGGAUUUGGUGGAUGAGCAUGCUAAGCUCAUAGUGAUGCGCAGAGGCACGUACAACCCAGCCACGCACCAUGUUCAGUGGAGCAGCAUGGAGACCAUUGUCAAUGCAAAGCUGGAAGGUCACCGAUCCAUGAAUCCCUGUCCUGUUUAUGAUGAGGUCUCGGGGAAUCUGAUCCUGUUCUUCAUAGCUGUCCCAGGAAAGAUCUCUGAGCACCACCAGCUCAGGACAAAGAUCAACCUGGUACGUCUCUGCUACGUCACUAGCGUGGACCAAGGACACACGUGGAGCCCUGCGCAGGAUAUCACUGAGAGUACCAUCAGCACAGAGUACAAGAACUGGGCAACUUUUGCAGUGGGACCUGGUCAUGGAUUACAGCUGUCCAAUGAGCCCCGGAGCCUUGUGAUUCCUGCCUACGCCUUUCGUAUCAUUGACCAUAAGCAACACCCUGUCUCUUAUUCCUUCUGCUUCAUCAGCUCUGACCAUGGGAUGACGUGGGAGAUGGGGAACUUUGUGGGAAAAGAGAGUGCAGGGGAGUGCCAGGUAGCUGAGAUACACCGCUGUGGCAUGAAUGUGCUCUACUGCAACGCGAGGACCAACAGGGGAGCGAGAGUCCAGGCUGUCAGCUACAACAACGGGGUGGAUUUUGAUGAAGGCCAUCGGGUUGAAAAGCUUGUAGAGCCUCCCUCUGGAUGUCAUGGAAGUAUUGUUGCCUUCCCUCCUCCCCCUUACGUCUGGUGCCAAGAUAGCUGGCUGCUUUACGCUCAUCCUGCAGACCCAAAGGGACGAAGAGAUUUAGGAAUUUACCUCAACAGAAGCCCUUUAAAUCCAGCACAUUGGACGAAGCCAAGCAUCCUCUUCAAGGGCUUAUGUGCUUACUCAGAUCUGCAGUACAUGGGGAUUGGGCCAGAUGGCUCACCCUUGUUCUCCUGUCUCUUUGAAUAUGGGAUCCAUCGACAGUGUGAAGAGAUGAUCUUUGUAAUGUUCACUUUGAAGCAAGCCUUCCCAUCUGAGUUCUGAGUCUCAAGCCUUUUCACCAGGAUUCUUCUGAAAACCACCUUUGCUGAUGCUUCUUUUCACUAUCAGCUCUCAUCUUUCAGCAAAAGGAUUUUUGUAUCCUUCCUAUGCCGUCAGCCGGGUAUUGUCUUGUAGCAUGCGGACAUCACAAAGUCUAUUAAAUGUGCUAAAACUAAA